AUGAUGCAUGCAUUAUUGUCCCACUUAAAUGAAAUAAUAAAGGUAUUUACCUUACUUAGAGGAUUUGAGAUGUGAAUCAUAAAACUUAUUUACCUUAUUUAGAUAGUGUGAGAAUCAUACUAUCUUAUCCAAAGGAUUUAAUAAUUAUAAGAUAAUUUAAAUUCAUCCUCCCCUAAUUGAAAUAAACAUAUAAAGUUACACUAUAAAAACAUAGCUCUUAUACCCUAUGAUAACCAAAAAAAAAACCACACUACCUACCUUACUAUUCAUCACCAUUUUCCAAACAUCUCAACCCCACCCUAUUCUGCCUACACACCAUGCAACUUUCGAUAGCUAGAGAUAAAGUGGUGGUGAUAUUAGGCCCCACUGCAUCAGGGAAAUCCCGACUUUCUGUCGAAAUUGCCUCCAUAUUCCCUUCUGAAAUCAUCAAUUCUGACAAAAUUCAAGUCUACAAAGGCCUUGACAUUACCUCUAAUAAAAUAUCAUUAGAGGAGCAACUCGGUGUUCCUCACCAUUUAUUAGGAAACAUUGAUUCAUCGAGUCAUGACGAGAUAAGCACUGCUCAAUAUCGUUCAUGGGCUUCGUUGUUGAUCUCUGAAAUUAAUAAUCGUGGAAACCUUCCUAUUGUUGUAGGUGGGUCAAACUCAUUUGUCUAUUCCCUUGUAGCAAAACAAUUCAACCCAAACGUGGACAUAUUUUUCGAAUCCUCCCAAGGAUGUUUUGAGUUAAGGUACGAUUGUUGCUUCCUUUGGGUCUAUGUUUCACCGCAUAUAUUAAACAAAUAUAUAGAUAAGCGAGUCAAUGACAUGCUUGAAAAAGGGAUGCUUAAUGAGUUGGCUGAGUUUCACCUAUCAGAGAAAAUGGGUAAGCAUCAACCGUACAAAGGGUUGGCGAAGGCAAUUGGUGUUCAAGAAUUUGAAGAGUACUUUAAAAGGUAUGCUAGUGAAACUAAUGUGUUAGAGGGUGACAAAGUUCAAAGGCGUAUGUAUGAGGAAGCUGUGAAAGCCAUAAAAGAAAAUACAUGUGAAUUAGCAAGGAGACAGGCAAAAAAGAUAAACUUUUUGAAAACAAAAGGUUGGAACAUCACUAUUUUAGAUGGCACUUAUUCUAUUCAGGCAUUGAUGGAUGGAUCCAAGAGUUGGUUUGACAUAUGGGAGACUCAAGUUUUGAAACCAAGUGUGAAAAUUGUCAAGAGCUUCCUAAAAGCCUAAGUCUUAAAUUGAUUUUAGCUAUAAGAAUAUGAUUUGAAAAAGUGAAUAAAAUCAUGUAAGAAGUGCACAACUUUGGUAUAAAACUUAAGUUGGCUAAAAGGGAAUAAUUGCAAAUUCGAUAUUAGUAAGUGAUAAUUAAAAAAAAAAAAAAAAAAUCGAAUGUAUAUUCAAAUGUUAACACAAUAUUUAGGCUCGUAAGUUUUGAGCCACCACAUUAUAAAUGAUUAUUGUUCGUAUAAAAUGAAACAAUUUAUUCUACCACUUUUCUUCCACUUAAUACUUAUUCUUUGUUGACACCUAUAUUUGGCUCUAUAACCUGAAUAAAAAGUGUUGAGGUUAGAAUUUCACUUCCUAACAAGAUUGACGCCUAAACUUUACAUAGACUUUAGAAUAGCAAGCCAAAGUGUUAAAUAUUCCUCAUAAGCCUAAAAUUUUAACCAAACCUUGAACGAACAUGCGUACAAACUACUUUAUUAAUUUAUUAGUUCAAAACACUAGAAUAGCCAAAACUACUUUAUUAAUUUAUUAGUUCAAAACACUAGAAUAGCCAAAGCACUUAAUUUAAAUUGAGCCUUUUGCUAUUAGCAACCACGAACGACUUUAUAAGUCACACCGUCACACGAGACAUCAAUG